AUGUCAACCCGCACUUCGCAUAAGUCUAAAGCGCGUUCGGGCUAUAUCAUCAGCUUAGGUGUUAAGAAUUACAAUGUCAGUCCCGAAAUUUUCCUUAAAAUGUCCACUAAAUUCCAAGAAAUUUACAAACAAGAUCCAAACGAAUAUCAAGUUAUCGAAACAAUUCGUCCAGAAGACUUCGACAUCUUCAUUGAUGCUUGCCAACUUAAGAAUUUUUCAAUUGAAAAGAGAAAUGCCUUCCAAGUUCUUGAUCUUGCCAAAGCGUGGGGAGUACCAAGUCUUGAGAAGUACAUUAACACAUACAUAGAGAAGAACAAACUUGUUCGCAAAGAAGUUGACGAUUACGUUGGAAUUUUGUGCCAACACAUCGAAGAAAACACAGAUUGCUAUACAGACUGGUCUAACGUUGCCCAGAUUCUUCCAGAGAUCCUCGAUGACCCUAGAAUGCUUGAGAUUCCACCUGAGGUUUUCUCAAGAAUUCUUUCCAUCGCCGAUAAGUCCGGAUUCGACCUAAUCAGAGAGAACAGACUCAAGCUAAUCAACUACACAAUGAAAUUACUUGACGUUCACCAGGAGAACGCCAUUCCAAUCGUUCUCAGACUCGAUUUUUCAGAAAUGACCGAUGCGCAAGUCGACCAACUCUACAAUUGCAAGAAGCUACAGGAGCAGAACAUCGGAUUCUUCCUUGAAGCAGCCAUUUCUGCUCUCCAGAACAAGACAGAUUUCGCAAUUGAGAAAUCGAUGCUUUUAAACGACCAAAUCGUGUCCUCCACGAUUGUUGAGCACCAGAAGAACAUCAAUGACGCGAUUUCGGAGAUGAACGACCUCUUCGAUCGCGAUGUUGAAGAAAUUGUCGACGAAAUCGACAGGCAACAGGACAUUCUUGACGAAUUAAAGGAGCACUUAAACAACCACGUGAAGAAACUCGCGAGAGCCGAAGAAAAAGCCAAGGAAAGAUUAGUAAUUCUUCCAGAAGACGAAGCAGCGAGGAUGCAACAAGAAACAAACAACCAAAUCAACGAAAUGACUGUCGGAAUCAACGAAAGACUCAACGAACACCUCAAAACUCUUCAUAAUCAAUCAAUCGACGGAAGUAACGUAGCGAACGAGUUCUUUACAAGGUGCGCAAGGGAAAGCAUCAAUGAAGUCGAUGUUUCCCGCAACGCGCUUGAGGAAUUGAUCACAUUUGGAGAGCAGAUCAGACAACACGAGGAAGCAAUUAUAGAUGACUUGAGGGAUGUGAAAGCUUUGGUCGCUGCCAAGGUUGUGAGGGAUAAACUGAGGUUUGACCAGUUCCUGAGGAGAACAACUGGAAAAUACAAAGUUUUCGAGGAAGAUCCGAAACCGUGGGGUCUGUCUACUUCGGCUGUGUCAGAUGCUGAUAAGAAAUUGGCUGUAAUUGAAAAGAAACUCGAUGAAAUUUGUCCGUUAAGAAAAUCUAAAUAA